AUGGCCGCCAGUUCAGCAAAGUCCCUUGAUGAGUCCCCUGGAGCUCUCAACCCCAAGACGGUCGCCGAGGGAAGCGACCAGGAGAUCCUCGUUGUAGGGCUCUGUGCUUUCUGCGCCCCGGGGAUCUGGAGUGCAAUGAACGGAUUAGGUGUCGGAGGAAGUCAGUCCCCGAACCUGGUCAACGCAGCAAACGCACUCCUCUACGCCUUCAUGACAGUCACAUGCUUCGCAGGCCCUUGGGUGACCAAUGCCAUUGGAUUUCGCUAUACUCUCAGUCUGGGUUCGAUCGGGUACCCACUUUACGCGGCAGGACUCUACUUGAACAAUCGCACGGGAGCGACGUGGCUAGUGUACCUAGGCUCUGUCACCUGUGGGAUUAGCGCCGGAUUCUUCUGGAGCGUCGAGGGUGCCAUCGCGACCGGAUAUCCCGAGCAGCAUAAACGAGGCCGGUACAUUGCCACUUGGUUUACGUUCCGCAAUUUUGGCAACAUCAUCGGUGGCGCCAUUUCUCUGGGGAUCAACCACGCCAUGGACAAACCCGGUAAGGUCGGGUACAAGACAUACCAGGGUUUCAUUGCCAUCCAAUGUCUGGGUCUGUUAUUCGGAUUGCUCUUAUCGAACCCAGAGAAGGUCCAACGCGACGACGGCACCCGCAUCGAGACAUCAACCGCUCCCAUUCACUGGCGCACCGAGCUUCAGUCCAUGUAUGACCGGAUCCGAAGCAGAUCCAUCCUCCUCCUGACGCCGCUGUUCUGGUAUUUUGGCUGGAUCCAGGCAUAUCCAGGGACCUAUCUGGCGACGUACUUCACCGUCCGGUCGCGGGCUUUGGGAAGCUUCAUGUCAGCCAUUGUCGGAACGUUGGCCACCUGGCUGGGGGGUUCACUGGUGGACAUUCCUUGGACCCGAGACAGAAAGUCUCGAGCAUUGAGUACAUGGCUCCUUAUUGCCUUGCUGAACAGCGCUACCUGGAUCUGGGCGGUGAUUAUACAGAAUGAGUACAGACACACUCACCCAAUUUUAGACUGGGGCGAUCAAAGCACUUUCGGACGCGGAUUCGGACUAUAUCUCUUCGAGCGCAUUAGCCUGGGUAUGGUAGAGAACUACAUCUACUGGUGUAUCGGCAACUUAUCAGACUCUCCCGGCGAGCAGAUUCGGUACAGCUCCUUGCUGCGUGGCAUUGAGACAGCGGGCGUAGCGGUUGGGUUUGGCGUUCAGGCUGUUCCUACGGCGUUGAUUGCAACGGCAAGCAUUAAUUUCGGCUUAUGGUUCUUUGCUCUUCCGUUCAGUUUUUGGGCCACACUACAGGUAGUCAAGAAGUGGGAUCAGGAGCAGAACAGACAGGUUGAGAGUAGCUAG